AUGUCCGUGACCUUAUUAGCACCACCCUGCGCCACGACCCUCGAGGAGGCGACCUUCGCCGGCGGCUGCUUCUGGGGCGUCGAGCUCGCCUUCCAGCGCGAGCCCGGCGUCGCGGCGACGGCCGUCGGCUACGCGAUGGGCGACGUGCCGAAUCCGACGUACGAGGCCGUGUGCUCCGGCGCGACGGGCCACACGGAGGCCGUCAAGGUCAUGUACGACCCGGCUUUGGUGAGCUUCGAGCGCCUCUGCGACCUCUUCUGGGACCGGCUGGGGGAGAACCGGUACGCGCCGAACCAGGUCGGCAACGACCGGGGGACGCAGUACCGCCACGGCAUCUACUACCGCGACGCGGCGCAGCGGGACGUGGCCCUGAAGACCUUCGACGUCGAAUCCGCGCGCUUCCCCGAGCGGAAGAUCGUCACGGAGGUGCUGCCCCUCACGAUCUUCUACGACGCGGAGGACUACCACAUGCAGUACCUCCAGAAGAAGGGCCAGUCCGCGAAGAAGAACGACGAGGCGACGAUCCGCUGCUACGGCUAA